AUGCCGCCGCAGCCUAGCAACCCUCACAUUCAAUUCCCGUGCCCGAGCUGCUCCAGCGUGUACGGUGCUCAGAGCACCCUCGCAGGGCACAUCCGCGCGGUGCACGCCGGGCAUCGUUGGUCGUGCAAUGCCUGUCCCAAGCCGAAGCACUUCGCUGACAGGUCCAACUGGCAGCGGCACGUGAGGAGCAGUCACGGCCAAGACAGAUUCACCUGUCAUCUGUGCAAGCACGGUGACAGACGUGUUGACAACUUCAAGCGGCAUCUGGCGACGAAGCAUUUGCUCACGCCAGGCCAGAUCGUCGAUUGUGUUCGGCGGCCUAGGGUAGCAAAUGCUGCUACCAGGGUGGUGCCUGCCUCACAGGCCGAUCUUCCUGCUCCUGUCUUGCCGUCGCCGCCGGUUGUCCCGCCUGUUGCGGCAGAGUUACCUCUUGCCCAGCAGCAGGAAGGCCUGUUUUGGGACUUCUCGGCGUCCUCAGCCAACGCCAUAUCUACAUAUGGCACGGGCGCCGAGCAAGCCCAACAGGAGCUUUGGGAUCCUCUCUCUUUUGAGAUGAGCGCGUGGUCUGGCGACUUCAACCUCGAGCUUCCUGCAAGGGAGGUCGCCGACUGGCUACCCAACGGCGAGGAAAUCCCGCUGCCGUAUUCCUUCGGGGAUACGGCCGUUGAAGUCCCCUCUGCUCCUUUCAGGAGCACCGCCGCCCCCAACAGCCCAUUCACGGCUGCCGGAUCACAGGGGUACUUUACAACAUCGGUGGGGGUGUCUUCAGAUGGGGAGUGGAGUUUCGGUGCCCUCCUGGCUGGAAAUUGA